UACUUUAAAAAAUAGAAAUGUCCCCAUAACGUUAAUAUGUCUAAAAUACCCCUGACUAUAUUCUAGAACUACCAAAUCAACCCGUCUUGUUCGCCAAGUCGCUUUGAUCUAAAAAGCUCUUAAACUAUUCUUCCAGCGACCGGAAGAAACGAAUAAUCGGAAUCGAAAAAUUCGAAAAAGGAACUGAGAAGAAACAGAUCUGAAGAUGGAGUGUGUAUUUGGUCUAGUUGGGAAUGGAUUCGCUAUCGUGGCGGCGGAUACAUCAGCAGUUCACAGUAUUCUUCUUCACAAGAACAAAGAGGACAAGAUCAUGACUCUUGACUCUCACAAGCUCGUCGCCGCUAGUGGUGAGCCUGGUGACCGGGUUCAGUUUACGGAGUAUGUUCAGAAGAAUGUGUCACUGUAUCAGUUUCGUAAUGGGAUUCCUUUGAGUACUGCUGCUGCUGCUAACUUCACUCGUGGAGAACUUGCCACUGCUUUGAGAAAGAAUCCAUAUUCGGUGAACAUCCUGAUGGCUGGCUAUGACAAAGAAGCCGGCGCAUCUCUAUACUACAUUGACUACAUUGCAACCCUCCACAAGGUUGAUAAGGGAGCAUUUGGAUACGGCUCAUACUUCUCUCUCUCUACAAUGGACAGACACUACCGCAGCGACAUGUCUGUUGAAGAAGCCAUUGAAUUGGUGGACAAAUGCAUACUCGAGAUCAGGUCAAGGCUGGUCAUUGCACCACCAAACUUUGUUAUCAAGAUUGUUGACAAGGACGGAGCCCGUGAGUACGGAUGGCGUAUCAGCACUGCUGAUGCCUAAGUUGUUUUCAUUGUGUUUAUUAGUCCAUUUAUGUUACUCGGCUCACAUUUAUAUUCUCUGUUGAACUUCAAGCUCCCUGGAUAUUAAAGUUCCUAGAUAAUGAUGAUGAUAUGCAUGUGUUGAACUUUUUCUUUCCUUAUUGCGUAUAUGAAGCAAAAGAUAGUGCAAUGUAAACCUAAACAUCUUCUUCUACUAUAUCAUCUCUAUUCUCUGCGUUUCUACAUAGGGAAGACUUUAACACAAGCCCAAUGGUAAAAUCUUAAGUAUCAAUGAAGUAAACAUAAGCAGUAAAAAGCACAGAGAGCUUAAAACAGUUCAGAUACGAGCGAGAAUAGAAGUGGCAAAAGUCAUGAUGAUAGUCGAUGGAAACCAGAAGUUUCUGAUCUUGAGAGAGUCGCUUGAGAAGUAUUGUAGAACUGGUAGUGGUGGUGGUGGUGGUGGUGGUGCUAGGGUGGCUGUUUCCGGUGAGAAUAGAUCGGAGCUUGGUGAAACUUCCGGUGCUAAGUCGACUGAUUGAGGAGAGGCAGAAAC